UUGUUUUCCGGCGACGCGUGUGGAAGUGUUCUAAUCCGUGGCUUUCGGUUUACCUACGGACGGUCGUUACCACCAGUUGGAGGAAAUAUAAAGAUAGAUUUUUUCUCUUCUUCCUGUGUCUGUUGGCCGUGCAUAUCGACUCCGCUAGACGAGGUAUAGUAAGCAACAGCGACCAGAACGGUACAUCGAGUAAUAGUCAGUGGAUUUAAUAGUGAAAAUCUAGUGCGAAAAACGUCGUGUUGGGUGGUUAGGGCGCUAUAGGGCGUAGAGUGAAAAAGUGAUAUUUUCUCCGCAGUCCAAAGUGCAGCGCAUUAUAAGCUUUCAGUGAGAAUCGGUAGCGGAAAGGCUAAGUUAUAAUUGAGAGCAACAACUGUUUCUGUUUAUGAAAACGAUACAAGUGUAAGCGAGUGUAGAAAAGUGUACAAAGCGAAACGUGGAAUUGUGAGUGAGCUCGUUGGAGUAAGAAGAUAAAUAGUAAUAAUGGCGGCGCCAGCAGCACCAGUUAAAAAAGUGCCGAUUCAUUUACAGAGUGCACAGAACCGACUGUACAUCAAACGGGGUCACGUGGUGAACCACGAUGGAAUGCAACAGGCGGAUAUCUACAUCGAGGACGGAACUAUCAGAUACGUUGGCUCCGGUGCAGACUUCGUCGUCCCGGGAGGCUGCCGCACGAUAGACGCUACCGGUAAGAUGGUUAUCCCCGGCGGUAUCGAUCCACACACACACUUCCAACUGGAGUUCGGGGGCACCGUUGCGGUGGACGAUUUCUAUCAGGGAACGAAGGCAGCCGUCGCCGGUGGGACCACCACAGUCAUUGAUUUCGUCAUCCCGAAAAAGGGCGAAUCGCUACUGGAAGCGUACGACACAUGGCGGGAGCGUGCCGACUCGAAGGUGGUGUGCGACUACGGUCUGCACGUGGCCAUCACCUGGUGGUCCAAAUCGGUUCGCGACGAGAUGAAGAUCCUGUGCCAAGAGCGGGGCGUGAACUCGUUCAAAUGCUUCAUGGCGUACAAAGGCCUGUUCCAGGUGACCGAUAGUGAGUUGUACGAGAUUUUCGAAACGUGCAAGGAACUGGGUGCGGUAGCCCAGGUGCACGCCGAAAAUGGAGACGUCAUUGCCAAAAAUGUACAAAAACUGCUGGCUGCCGGUGUCACCGGACCGGAAGGUCACGAACUGUCCCGCACGGAAGAAGUGGAAGCCGAAGCGGUCAACAGGGCCUGCGUCAUUGCCCAUCAGACCAAAUGUCCCCUGUACGUAGUGCAUGUGAUGAGCAAAUCGGCCGGAAUCGAGCUCGCACGUGCUCGCCGCCGGUACAACGGUGUCGGUAUCUACGGCGAAACCCUGGCUGCCGCCCUUGGCACCGAUGGCACGCACUACACCAACCAGUGCUGGCAUCACGCCGCCGCACAUGUCCUCAGCCCUCCACUUCGUCCGGAUCCAACGACACCAGAAUUUUUGAUGAAACUGCUCGCCCAGGACGAUCUGCAAACGACCGGCAGUGACAAUUGCACCUUCAACAAGAAUCAGAAAGAACUUGGCCUUGAAGAUUUCACCAAGAUUCCGAAUGGUGUGAACGGAGUGGAGGAUCGGAUGUCCGUUGUCUGGGAGAAGGGCGUUCAAACAGGACUAAUCGAUCCUCAGCGCUUUGUUGCCAUUACCAGCACAAAUGCAGCGAAAAUCUUCAAUAUCUAUCCACGGAAGGGUCGCAUUGCGCCAGGCUCGGAUGCGGACGUACUUAUUUGGGACCCGAAAGCGGUACGCACCAUUUCCGCGACCACCCAUCACCAAGCUUGUGACUUCAACAUCUUCGAGGGUAUGAAGUGCCACGGUGUUCCAGAAUACGUCAUCGUUCACGGCCGGGUGUGCGCCGAGAAUGGAUUGCUCAGGGUGGCUGAGGGACAAGGUUCGUUCCUGGAAACGCCAAUCAAUCCACCAUUCGUGUACGAUGCACUGAAUGGAAUCAAAACACGAAACGGAGACGACAAAGAAGCUCGCAACGGUCUGCAGAACUUAGAUUUGAAUCAGAAGCAUGAGGUGGACAUUCCGGACACGUUUGCUCUGCCGGAGAAGUAUGUUCCCGGGCCAGCGUUGAGCAUCAUGUCCGGUGACUCGGCAGUGAGUACGCCGCACAGUGCACGAGGUCACCGACCCGACGGCACCAAGGACAUGCAACAAUCGACGUUCUCGAUCAGCGAGGAAAUCGACACGAGUGAAAAGCGAGCGUGCAUCCGCGUAAAGAACCCACCGGGCGGCAAAUCAUCCGGAUUUUGGUAAACCAAUUACCAGUUACUAUACUACGAGUGGAGAGCAUUCUUCCAAAUCGACAAAUUAUUUAUUACCAACCAAGCGGUUUAUAGAGAGCUAGGAUCACGAAACCAAAUUAUCAACAAUACUGGAACAAACUCAGAUUACUGCUAAUUAACAGACCAUAACUUUCAUAUCUUGAACGGAAGUAAUGUACGAUUUUGUCAAGAACCGAUGCUAAGCAACAUUUUCAAAUGCAAUUAGGUCCAAUAUUGAACACGCAGAAAAAAAAACACGUGUUGAAAACUCAAACCAAAUUAGAACGCUUCCGAUUAAAGUGUAAUUUAAAACCAUAUUAAAAUCUAACCACAGAGAACAGACGUUCAUUUUAUGUCUCGAAGUUGUGUAAAACUUCUGUAAUUUUGAAGUAUGUCGUUAUGCCCCCGUUGCGCUGUGCUAGCAGCUAACACAGACAAACAGACAUAACAGCUUGAACAUUUUUCUAAAAAUCCAUCGCUCAACUCUUCUACCACCAUUUCGCGAGCAUGUUACACGAAACAAUGUUUCGUAUGUAAUUGUCAUCAUAAGGCACUUGAGUUAAGUGCCAAACUCAAAGGAAUACGACGCAAGCGCGUCCAGUUGUGAAAUGUGCAAUCAAUCAAAUUCAAAUUGAUCGUUGAAGCCAUAGUGGAUGGUAAUUUAUCUAGUGUUACGUGCUAGCAUGCUGAAAAUUUGCUAUAUUUUAUUUUUUGGGGCUAGUGUUCAUUCCGAAUUAUCACCACCUCUUUUAUGCAGUGUAAGAAAACGCCAUCGUUUGCGGCGUUUGCGGCGCAGAUGAGCUUUACACACAUUUUCAACAGAAUUUUGUUCGAGCCUCCAUGUCUGUUCUCUGUGAUCUAACUAACGAAAUAAUAAACUCUACCGUACUACCAAACAUAGAUGAACAAACUUAGAACUGAAUAGAUGUUUCGUUAACUCUUAAAAAAAUGCAUAAUUCGUAGUUGCGUUUGCUUGACCAGACAACCGUAGAUUCAUAAGAAACUUUAUUUUGGUUAUUGCAAUGCAAUAACCGUCGUAGUUAGACCGGAAACAUUUGUUCUAACAAAUAAUCAAACAAUUUCCAGCAGGCUGACAAAUGUGCAAUCCCUUCUUCGUGUUUCCCGAGUGAAAUUUGGAGCUUAAAUGUUGAGCAUUCGAACACACACACAUGCAUACACACAUUCACGUACACCAUAAGUACAUACACAUUUGCGCACAACACCAUUAACACGACACGUAGCUUAGAAGGCCUUUAAAAGUGUAUCAAAACAAAUCUGUCUUAUUUAUAAUUGAAAUUAUACAAAACUACAAUCGAUAAGUGCUCCUUUUCUUACUAGAAUUCUAUGCAAUUAAGUUUCAUCCCAAUUAAGGCUUAGUAAAAUUUACCUUGUACUAAUGGAGAACACUCAAUUUGAAUAAGUAAAUGUUAUCGAACCCAUUCGAAAGAUUUAUUGUGGAUUUAUUCUCUGAUUGCGUAGUUGCUUAGCUUUAACCAGAUAUUAUCAAUCCUGUUUGUGCGUUUGGCUAUCGGAAUGCAAUUUAUUGUUUCUAUUUAUUAUAGCAAGGGGUAGGUAUUUCGGUAACGACACACCCUACUGCAAAUGAGUAACGUGAACGUGACGUAGCUUAAGUUAACCUAUGUAGAGUGAAUCUUGUAAUCGUGGAAUCGAAAAAUAAAAGUACCAUUAUGGAAGUAAAAGCAA